AUGAAUUCCUUACGUGCUGUAGUCUUACAAAGUGCUCUCUUAGGCCUACUAUUGAUUGCAACUUGUGUCCAAUGUCAAUUGACAUUCUCUCCAGAUUGGGGUAAACGUUCGGGUGAAUCAAUGAAUGGAGCACGGUUUAAAACCCAAAUAGGAAAUUGUAAGAGAGCCAGUGACAUACUUUUGGAAAUCUUCAAAUUUGUGCAGCAUCAAUCUGAAAUGUUUACGGAUUGUAAAUAUGGGAAAUAGAGCUACAGCACAUAUGUAAUUGCUCUGGCAAAUAUAUUUAUAAACUUAUGCGAGUACUUAAAGCUUUUCUGUGUGUAACUGGCAUUAAGACUCGUAAAUACAUACUAUUUAAAUAGUAAAUGCUUUUAAGGAUUAUAAAAUAAAUAAAAAAGGAUAGUCGGCACAUGUUUUAGAGGUUAUUAUAACUAUAAAUAUUUAUUUGUAUAACAUGUUGUUUGUUCUAAUACUUCAAAUCAUCACCUGUGU